AUGUUCCCGCGGCACUGCGGCAGCAGCAGCAGCAGCGACGAGUUCGCCUGCCACCCCACGGGCGACACCGCCUCCUCCAGCAGCAGGCUCCAUCCGGGCCCCGGCGCGGAGAGAGUCUCCGCCAAUCCUCCAGAUUGUCCGCGGAGCAGCGGCUUUGUUCCACCCACGGGGACAGACAGGGGGGGGGCCGAGACCGAGGUGCUCUGGCCACCCUCAGACCGACACGUGGCAGGCGGAAGCCCCAACGAAGCGCCCACCCCUGGCGGCGCGGCUGCUCUGGCCGCAUUCGGCGGCACCUGCGCAAACGCCGGCCACAUCGGCGGCGCGGGGACGGCGCAGAAGGGCAUCUGCGACGCGGUGGAGUACUCCGGACCGCAGGUCCCACGCUUCCAAUCUCUUUCGCCAUCGCUUCCCCAGCUCGUCGCCUUCGCGACCUCAGCCCGUCGCCUUCGCCCCGCCCGUCGCCUUCGCCCCGCCCGUCGCCUUCGCUUUCCACGCCUGUCGCCUUCACUUCCCCUCCCCCGUCGCCUUCACUUCCCCUCCCCCGUCGCCUCACUUUCCCUCCCGUCGUCACCUUCACUUCCUCUCCGCCGUCGCCUUCACUUCUCCCCCACCCGUCGCGCUCAUUUUCCCCCUCCCGUCGCCUUCCCCCGCCCGUCGCACUCGCUUUCCCCGCCCGUCACACUCGCUUCCCCGCCCGUCGCACUCGCUUCCCCGCCCGUCGCACUCGCUUCCCCCGCCCGUCGCACUCGCUUCCCCCGCCCGUCGCACUCGCUUCCCCCGCCCGUCGCUCUCGCCUCCCCCGCCCGUCGCACUCGCUUCCCCCGCCCGUCGCUCUCGCUUCCCCCGCCCGCCGCACUCGCUUCCCCUCCCGUCGUCACCUUCUCUUCCCCGCCAGUCGCACUCGCUUCCCGCCUGUCGCCUUCACUACCCCUCCCAUUGCCGUUCACUCUCUCCUGCUCACGCUCUCCCCCCCGCUCACUCUCUUCCCCACCCUCACUCUCUUCUCUCCUGUACACUCCCUUUCCCCCUGUUCUCACCCCUCUCUUUCCCCCUUCACUCAACCCUUUCCCCCUGCUCACUCUCCUCCCCCCUGCUCACUCCCUUCCCCCCUGCUCACUGCUCACUCUCUUCCCCCCCCCCCCCCCCCUUACUCUCUUCUCCCGUGUGCACUCUCUUUCCCCCUGCUCACUCUUUCCCCCCUGCUCACUCUCUCCCCCCCUGCUCACUCUCUCUCCCCCUGCUCACUCUCUUCCCCCCUGCUCACUCUCUUCCCUCCUGCUCACUGCUCACUCUCUCCCCCCCAUACUCUCUUCUCCCCCGUGCACUCUCUUCUCCCCCCUUCGCUCUCUUCUCUCCUGUUCACUCCCAUUCCCCCUGCUCACUCCCCCUGUCCUCACCCCACUUUCCCUCUUUCUCACCCAUUUUCCCCCUUCUCGCUCUCUUUCCCCCUUUGCUCGCCACCUUUUUCCCGGCUCACUCCCUUACUCCCACGCUCUCUCUCUCCCCCUCUACUCACUCUAUUUCCCCCUGCUUACUCUCUCCCCCCUUGCUCACUCUCUUUCCCCUCUGCUCACUCUCUCCCCCUCUGCUCACUCUCUUUCCCCCUGCUCACUCUCUCCCCCUCUGCUCUCUCUCUUUCCCCCUGCUCACUCUCUCCCCCUCUGCUCACUCUCUUUCUCCCUGCUCACUCUCUUUCCCCUCUGCUCACUCUCCCCCCCUCUGCUCUCUCUCUUUCCCCCUGCUCACUCUCCCCCCGUCUGCUCUCUCUCUUUCCCCCUGCUCACUCUCUCCCCCUCUGCUCUCUCUCUUUCCCCCUGCUCACUCUCUCCCCCUCUGCUCGCUCUCUUUCCGCCUGCUCACUCUCUCCCCCUCUGCUCUCUCUCUUUCCCCCUGCUCACUCUCUCCCCCUCUGCUCGCUCUCUUUCCGCCUGCUCACUCUCUCCCCCUCUGCUCUCUCUCUUUCCCCCUGGACUCACUUAUCUUUCCCCCCUGUUUACUCUAUAUUCCCCUUCGUUCAACCCUUUUUCCCCACAAUCCCUCCCCCUGCUCACUCUAUUUCCCCCUUUGCUCACCCCCUUCUCCUCCCUGCUCACUCUAUUUUCCCCUUUGCUCAUCCCCUUCUCCUCCCUGCUCACUCUAUUUCCCCCUUUGCUCACCCCCUUCUCCUCCCUGCUCACUCUAUUUCCCCCUUUUCUCACCCCCUUCUCCCUGCUCACUCUAUUUUCCCCUUUGCUCACCCCCUUCUCCUCCCUGCUCACUCUAUUUCCCCCUUUUCUCACCCCCUUCUCCCCCCUACUGACUCUCUUUCCCCUUCGCUCACCCUUCUGCCCUGUCCCCACUCCUCCCAUACAUGCCCUUUGUACCUCCCACCUCCACCCCUCGCUCAUUCGCCGUACCCCCUCUUCCCUCCCCAUUCUAUCACAGAACCAUGCUUGUACAGGUGCCCGGCACCAUGGGUCCCAACAGGAGUGGGAUGGAAAGUUACCACCCCCUAGGUUUGUGCAUUGUGCCUCUAUAAUCCACUGUUGA